AACGAUUUUUAGAAACCUAUAAGUACUGGUGCAAAGGGAAAUUUUCGUCAUAAUCUGUUUGGAAAGCUACAUAGCCGGCUGUUCGAAACGGAAGUGUAGAUUUUAAUUUAAAAAAAUUAAUUUGUAAUUUGUGAAAUUUCUUUUACAUAAAUAAAUCAAAAUGCGUGAAUGUAUCUCAGUUCAUGUUGGUCAAGCUGGUGUUCAAAUUGGUAACGCCUGCUGGGAAUUGUACUGUUUAGAACAUGGUAUUCAACCUGAUGGUCAAAUGCCUUCAGAUAAAACAGUUGGAGGUGGUGAUGAUUCAUUUAACACCUUCUUUAGUGAAACUGGAGCUGGUAAACAUGUUCCUCGUGCUGUGUUUGUUGACUUAGAACCAACAGUUGUUGAUGAAGUACGUACUGGAACUUAUAGACAAUUGUUCCAUCCAGAACAACUAAUUACAGGAAAGGAAGAUGCUGCAAAUAAUUAUGCCCGUGGUCAUUAUACCAUUGGCAAAGAAAUAGUUGAUCUAGUAUUGGACAGAAUUCGUAAAUUGGCUGAUCAAUGUACAGGUCUUCAAGGCUUCUUAAUUUUCCACUCUUUUGGUGGAGGUACUGGUUCUGGUUUCACUUCUUUGUUAAUGGAACGUUUAUCAGUUGAUUAUGGUAAAAAAUCAAAAUUAGAGUUCGCCAUUUACCCAGCUCCGCAAGUAUCUACAGCUGUCGUUGAGCCAUACAAUUCUAUUUUGACAACCCACACCACUUUGGAACAUUCAGAUUGUGCUUUUAUGGUUGACAAUGAAGCUAUUUACGAUAUUUGUCGCAGAAAUUUGGAUAUAGAGAGACCAACUUACACUAACUUAAACAGAUUAAUUGGUCAAAUUGUGUCCUCAAUCACAGCUUCACUACGUUUCGAUGGUGCACUUAACGUUGAUUUAACUGAAUUCCAAACAAAUUUGGUCCCAUAUCCACGUAUUCAUUUUCCAUUGGUAACAUAUGCCCCAGUAAUUUCAGCAGAAAAAGCUUACCAUGAACAAUUAUCUGUUGCUGAAAUUACAAAUGCUUGUUUCGAACCUGCCAAUCAAAUGGUUAAAUGCGACCCACGUCACGGUAAAUAUAUGGCUUGUUGUAUGUUAUAUCGAGGCGAUGUUGUACCAAAAGAUGUUAAUGCAGCUAUUGCUACAAUUAAAACCAAGCGUACUAUUCAAUUUGUUGAUUGGUGUCCAACUGGUUUUAAAGUUGGUAUUAAUUAUCAACCGCCAACUGUAGUACCAGGUGGUGAUUUAGCUAAAGUUCAACGAGCAGUUUGUAUGUUGUCUAACACCACAGCCAUUGCUGAAGCUUGGGCUCGUUUAGAUCACAAGUUUGAUUUAAUGUACGCCAAAAGAGCUUUCGUUCAUUGGUAUGUAGGAGAAGGUAUGGAAGAAGGUGAAUUCUCUGAAGCACGUGAAGAUUUAGCUGCUUUAGAAAAAGAUUACGAAGAAGUUGGAAUGGACUCUGGUGAUGGUGAAGGCGAAGGGGCAGAAGAAUAUUAGAAACAAAGUCUUCUGCAAAAAUUAAAAAAAAGGCAACCCUCACCUUAUAUGCAGAAAAAAAGAAAUAAAUGCAAAUUCAAUUAAAA